GUACCAAGUUGUUGCGAGAUUUACCUGCAGAAUAACACUGCGAAUUAAUGCAUUAACACUAGGCGUGAAUAUUUGCGAGGUACUUUGAAAACACCAGAGAACAAUACCGCCUUUGCUGAAUAUUGUAAAUAAAUCCAACAUUUUGAACACACGUAUCUAUCGUGUAAAUAUUAAUUUAUACGAAUUAACUUAACCUAGCAGAUAUAAGUGACGUUUGAUUUUUGUUACACGUCAGAUAGGCGGAAGUUGAUAGCUAUUAAAACCGCGGACAGAAACGUCGUUGGAAAUGUUGAAAUGUCCGACAAGAUUUUAGUUAGUAUAUGACACCACCGACAUGUGGGAGCGUGCCGUUGAGAGAGAUGUUGAUAUGUUGAUGCAAUACCUCUCUCCUUCAUUCGCCUCUUCCCCGGUUUUGGUGCACCCUCUCCGCGCACGUUCAAUCAUCGCUGCACUUGAAUGGAACUUCGGUGACAGGCACAAGGGCGGGAAAUAAGAUACAAAGAAAAUGGCGUCUGAAGAGCCCGCGAACGAACAAGAACUACUCCCCGUGGAGAAUAGCCUUAUGAGUUUAGAAAAAUUGGACCGAGGGUCACCAGAACUUUGGCCAGAACAGAGUGAGUCCAUUUUGGAAGAACUUGGUGUCAACGAAUUCGUCGCACAAAAUUCCCCUCAAACUGAACCUCCAUCCUGGUCGACUAGCUUCACAGCUGAUGACCUUAAUAAACUGCAUCAGCUAGGAAAUCUUUCUAUGACCGGACUCAUAGCAGAAGUGAAGAAGCUUCAUGACACUGCAUAUCAGCUCGGUUUGGAAGAAGCGAAAGAAAUGACACGUGGGAAGUAUUUGAAUAUUUUCAAACAUAAGUAGCAGCAAUACCAGAUUGAAAUAGAUGUAUUUAUGUAUAUAUGGUUUUGAUUUUUUGUAUAAAAUAAAUCUGUUUUAAUAUGCUUAAAGUUUUCUUGUUGAAUAUUUGAUAUUUUUUCUUCAUUCAGUAGGAUUCCUUUAUCAAUAUUGACAAAGUAUUGUCAUAAUUAUAGCUUACUUCACUGUACCAUAUGUAUUUAAUGAGUUAAGUUAAACUUGUGUGAAAUUAUUAAAGAGAGUGAGGAAAAUGUAUGGCAAACGAACAGAUAUUAUAAAAGUUUACAAGAUUUAUUCAAAAAUAAAUCACGUUUACAAUA